AUGGCCCCCAAGAACAAGGAUCCAGGGAAAGCUGAUAAGGGCAGAGUCAAGGGCAAGGGCAAGGGCAGUAACGAUGAUGGCUCAGCUGGCUCAGCUGGCGGAAGCGGUAAGCUGAAAGCGGCUCAGUCAAUCAAUGUCAGACACAUCCUCUGCGAGAAGUUCUCGAAGAAAGAAGAGGCUCUGGCCAAAUUGCGUGCUGGUGCGAAAUUCGAUGACGUGGCAAGGGAAUUUUCAGAGGACAAGGCCAGACAAGGCGGGUCUUUGGGCUGGAAGGUCCGGGGCAGUUUGCAUGGAGACUUUGAGAAAGUGGCCUACGACUUGGAACCGAGCACCACAGCCAAUCCAAAAUAUACUGAAGUAAAAACAAGUCAUGGCUACCACAUCAUCAUGGUCGAAGGAAGAAAAUAA